AUGCUGGAACCACUCUUGCCGCAUGAGCUGCCAGAUGAUGCGGUCUAUCGGAACUUGCUGGCAACCCAGGGCUGGCUCUUCAUUGCGCCGUUGGUCUUGGUGCGCUUCACGCCCGGUCGGCUCAUAGGCCCAGCGGUCUGGGGCCUCGUGACGAUGCUCGGCCCAGCGGUCGGCCGUUGA